CACGCGUUGUGUUAUGACGCGUUUUUUUGUGCACUAACUCGCGGAGGGAACCUACUUUUUUUAUUCAUCUGACAAAAAUGGCGACCAUUAAUGCCAUACUCGUGGGGGAAGAUUUUACAUUUAAAGACAUUUAUUAGUGCGGGAGUGUGGCAGUAAGCUUCUGUUACUGAAGUUAACUACAAGAAGCAUUUCGUGAUUGUUAUACGCCAUGUCCAUUGGAGUUACUACUAGUAAGAGGAUUUUCAAAGAUCGGUCUUUGAACCGAUCGUGUGAGAUUGCGCUCUCCCUGUCCCCCAUCCCUCCGGUUGCAUGCUUGUGAAAAUUAACUGAUUCUUGUUUAUUCUGCACAGAUGUCAACGCAGUUUAGCCUACUCCAUACGCCCGUUAGAGACCAGGACCGAAAGUGCGUGCGCGGUAAGACAGAAUGACAGAUUGAAGGGAUAGCAGGCAUAUUCAUUUUACCCCCGUCUGUCUUCUCUUAACGAACAGAAUGAAACGAAUAUUUAUUUUGAGAAUUUUGGUGUCAAUAAUACACCUGUCAACGUCAGACACAGUGAAUUUAUCGGGGACAGUUUAACUUCGGAAAAGGGAGACAUCUCCACGUUAACCGGGACGUUAGCCUAACUGCCGCACAGGGUAGCAGCCCUCAGAAGUGAACCCACGCGCCUGGAUCCCUCUUUGCCUCGUGCGGUGCACCUACACAGCGGAGAUGUUCCGUUGGACAUCCCCCUAACGGGACAUUCAUGGUUUCAUUCUUGGUUUGUUUGAUUUUUCUUUGGGACUGACGACAGGAGAGCCAAACGGUCCAUUUCGAAGUUUGGUGAGCGGGCGACCGAUGGUACGAGGCAAUGGCAGUCCCAAUGACUUCAAUAUCCUUACUCGCUCUCGUUGUUUCAAUGGUGCUGAGUGCAGAGAUAGAGGAGAGGCUGGUGAGUCAACUGCUGUCACCUGAGCGGUACAACAAGCUGAUCAGGCCGGCCGUCAACACCAGCCAGGUCGUCACCAUCAGCAUACAGGUGUCCCUCGCCCAGCUCAUCAGUGUGAAUGAAAGAGAACAGAUUAUGACCACAAACUGCUGGCUCACACAGAUAUGGAAUGACUACAGAUUAAUAUGGGACCCCGAUGAGUAUGAGGGCAUCAGAAAAGUUCGCCUCCCGUCUCAACACAUCUGGUUACCGGAUAUCGUCCUAUACAACAAUGCUGAUGGGACAUACGAGGUGUCCUUCUACUCCAAUGCCGUGGUGACUUACAACGGCGAGGUUGCCUGGCUGCCUCCAGCCAUCUACAAGAGCGCCUGCAAGAUUGAGGUGCGUGACUUUCCCUUCGACCAGCAGAACUGCACGCUCAAGUUCCGCUCCUGGACCUACGACCACACAGAGAUCGACCUGGUGCUCAUGUCUGACUUCGCCAGCCGCGACGACUUCAAGCCGAGCGGCGAGUGGGACAUCGUCUCCCUGCCCGGGCGCAAGAACGAGGACCCAAACGACGACACCUACCUGGACAUCACCUACGACUUCAUCAUCAAGCGCAAGCCGCUCUUCUACACCAUCAACCUCAUCAUCCCCUGCGUGCUCAUCACCUCGCUGGCCAUCCUGGUCUUCUACCUGCCGUCCGACUGCGGCGAGAAGAUCACCCUCUGCAUCUCCGUGCUCCUGGCGCUCACCGUGUUCCUCCUCCUGAUCUCCAAGAUCGUGCCGCCCACCUCUCUGGCCGUGCCGCUCAUCGGCAAGUACCUGAUGUUCACCAUGGUCCUGGUGACCUUCUCCAUCGUGACCAGCGUGUGCGUGCUCAACGUGCACCACCGCUCGCCCAGCACGCACACCAUGCCGUCGUGGGUCAAGCGCAUCUUCCUCGUGCGCCUGCCCGCCUUCCUCUUCAUGCGGCGGCCCGGGGGCAGUGCCAACGUGAGGGACCGCUUCCGGCACAAGCACCGCAAGUGCUCCUUCUCUGAGACUAGAGGGGGGGAGGCGGCGGGCCAGGGAGGGGCCGCCGGGGGGGGGGGAGGCGACUCGGCCUCCGCGUUCUUCGUGAACGAGGACUCGGCGAAACAGUACGGCUGGCGCUCGGGGGACCUGCCCGAGAGCGGGGCGGCCGGGACGGAGUUCCGCCGGCGCAUGACGCUGCGCUGCAACGUGGACGUGCAGGAGGCGGUGGACGGGGUGCGCUACAUCGCCGGGAAGAUGAAGAUGGAGGAUGACGAUGAAGGAAUCAUUGAGGACUGGAAGUAUGUGGCCAUGGUGAUUGACAGGCUGUUCCUGUGGGUGUUUGUGCUGGUGUGUGUGACGGGCACGCUGGGACUCUUCAUGCAGCCGCUGUUCCAGAGCCUGAACACGCCCACAGUGGACGACGGCGAGUGAGUCAUGGACAUGAAGCCCCCUGAUUGGACGAGGAGCUGAAGAGACAUCAGACCUCCUGACCCCCACCCCACCCCACAACCUACGACCACAUGUUUACUCCCCAGCUGCUGCUGUCAUAACCUGGAGCUGAGAAGAGAAGAAGAGAAGAGGAGAGAGAAGAAGAGAAGAGGAGAGAGAAGAAGA